UACCAGGCGAAGAGUUUUAAGCGUGUAUCAUAAUUAAAUCGCUGCUGUAAAUCUUAACAGAGAACAGUGGAUAUUGGGAAGCUUAAAUCUCACCAACACUCUUGAAAUCGACGCGGAUAAAGCUGGAUGGUAAUGGAAGUUGUCACCGAACAAAACGAUACACUGUCAGGGGGUGAAGGAUAUGGUGGAUUGCUUACAAAUGGGACUACUUUGGCAAAUUGGACAAGGAGGGCACCACCCUCAACGCCAAUGUACAUUAUGAUCUCGGCGACGGUCCUGUAUUCGGUGAUAUUUCUGGUGGGUGUUCUUGGCAACCUGCUCGUGGUGCUCGUGAUCACGUGCAGCCGGCGGAUGAAGACGGCGGUGAAUGUUUAUCUUGUGAACCUGUGCGUGGCCGACCUUCUGGUUAUCAUAAUAUGCAUGCCAACCGCUCUCGUGGACCUAUUCGCUAAGGAGGUUUGGUACUUCGGACCCGUGCUAUGUAAACUCGUACCAUUCAUAGAGUACUCAGUGGCGAAUGCUUCAAUACUGACCAUCUUUGCCAUUUCAAUAGAACGAUACAAAGUCAUCAAAAACCCGUUAAAGAGUGUUGAGGAUCAUGCAGUCAAACUAUGGCGGACCAACAUCUUAAUAUGGAUAAUAGCCAUGACCUUUUGUAUCCCCUGGAUAGAAAUAAUCGUUUAUCGCCCAGCUCAACUUCUGGACGGCACCGAGGUUCAGGUUUGUCGGAGCCCCAUUGAUGAAGACUGGAAGAGAUUCUAUAUCCUGCUGAUGUCAUCAUGUUUCUUCAUUUUACCAGCCGUCGGUCUCCUGGUGAUCAACUGUCACAUCUACUGGUUGUUAAGGCGUAGUUGUCAUCAGUUCACUACAAGCGGUAACAAACGCGAGUACAGAAGGAGACAGAAUCAAGUUGCAAACAACGUUGCCUCCAUUGUGCUCAUUUUUUUCUUGUGCCAUCUUCCAUUUAGAGUAUCAGGCCUGUGGUUUACAUUUGCCCCGACAGACAAAAUACGAAACCUUGGCUUAGAAAAGCUUCUGCUUAUCAUUUACUCGUCAAGAAUUUGUUUCUAUCUUAAUCACGCCAUUAAUCCUCUUGUGUAUAAUUUUGCGUCCAGUAAAUUUAGAGAGACUCUACCAGAAAUAUGGACAAGAACUAAGCUGUGCCGAUUGGUUGAGCGUGAAUCAACACGCUCAGGGAGUGCAGCAAAAUAUACAUUUAGAACUGCGACAACUGCUAAUCAGGCACACUCCCAGCGUUGAACAAUUGUUCCAACAGGACAGGUGAUGUCAUAUGAAAUCAUUUGUAAAGGGAUUGGAACCGACAACAUACAACACUAUGUUUUAUGCCAGUUCAGAACCUUUUAAUAUAAACGGAAUUGAUUUCGUUUAAAAUAAGGCAUUUUAUCCCUUCUGUAUAGCCUGUAUCAAAUAUCCAGUCUGCUGUCUCGUGCACCAUACAUAAUAUUCUUGUAUAUAGUUUAUAAUGUAAAGGUAUAUACAUAUGUGUGUGACUUUUUAUUAAGGAACAUCACGGUUUCCUUUAUGUAUAUUGCAUUGGAUUUGUCAUGCUUUAUAUGAAUAUUGGCAGUUGGCAGUAUGAAUAUUGGCAGUGUUGGUACACAGGACUUUCAUAACAAGUACAGUAGUGCCAUGGAUGCCUUGGCUACGUACCAAUAUUUGGUUUUUGUAAAUUACUUCUUUGCCAUUAAGUCUCAUACAACAUAACCAUUCAUUUUAUUAUGCAUUCUGACAAGUGUCACCAAUACGGUGACAACAUAUCAGGUCGCGAGUUUCAUAUUUCCGUUCGAAUAUUAAUGUUUUAUGGCUAAAAGCGUUACUAACGGUUUAAGAAAAGUGCAUAAAACAUCAAGUUUUGAAAUUAAAUAUGAAAAUCUCAGAUCUGAUUAUUUGUCAGCAAUCUUAUAUCACUGAUUUCCAUGCAUUUUCGCAUAAAUUAGCUCGUUUCCAGACAAAUAAAUAAAUAAAUAAAGUUGUCAAAACGUUCAAUCUCUGAGAGUGCAACUUUAAAUGUUUUGCAUUUGGACUUGUUAUGCGCCAGCCGUGGCUCUUGUGAACUUGGUCAUUUACGCGCUGUGGUACUGAGCUAUUAUUAUGUUAAUUAACACACUGGCUCCAAAGAAAAUUUCAACUUCAGGGUUCUCACUUGUUUCCAACAUUCGAAUAACCUAAACACUAGAAACAAGUCUUACCAAUGAAUUGUUGAGAGGCAGUGAACAUAUAGUUAACAAUCAAAGUAUAGAAAGUAUUACAAGAGACAGUCGGUAGAAACUGGACCUUUUCAGAGAAGAGGGGCAUAAUGUAUUGUUUUCACUGCAUAAAUACAAUAGAAUGCCUAGGUUAAAAUAAUGAGCGUAAUGUGUAUCGUUAAAGAAACUAACAGUAUAAUGUAUAGCAGUUUCAUACCUUUUUCCUAAAAUGGAAAAAGGUAAAGGAAGACGCAAAUUUAUCGAAGGAAAUAUGGAAACGAUGAGAAGUGUUGCCCCACCAAUUUGGUAUGUGCUUAUAUACGGUUAUCAAUUCGUGUUUAAAAAACCCAGAAGAAAACCAAGACCUGUAGCAGAAUUUGAAAGAUACAAUGAAUAUAACAGAAGAGAAUAUAGAAGCAUGUAUUAGGAACGCCGGCACUGUCUUUCGUAGUCCAAAAACUUUAUGAUUGUGUUUGUUUCUUAUUACAUUAUGUACCAAGUGCUUUACAUGGUGUACAGACAUAGUUAUGUUAUGUCAGUUUAUCUUUAUAUGUUGUGGUUUUGUACUUAUAUUAUGACAGUUUUUAUUAUAUUAUGCGGAUACAUCUUUAUAUCAUGUAGA